AUGGGAUCAAAUAGGCCGUACGAUACCCCACGGGGAGAUAAAAGGGAUGACAGCAACCAAGACCCUGCUUCUGCUUCUGAGACCAAGAAGAGCUCUGGUUCUGCUGUUUGUGCCAAGGGUAACUAUACUAGGAAAGUGGAAGAAGGCUUUAACAAAAUUAAAGCCGCAGCAUCAAAUGGUAUGAAUAGGGUUAAGAUUGCAGCUCAUUUGGGUCUCCACUGGAUCAAGAGCAAGAGCAAGACAAGCCGAAAGCAGUAG